GGAGUAGCUCUAAUGCGACUUUAGUUUAUUUCAGGAAAUCCACAGCAACACAAACGCUUCAUGAAAAGAUAAUGAAUCUCCUCAAACUCAAUCUUUACUCCCACGUCCGCCCCCGCCCCCGCCCCCACCACUACCAUCGUCGCCACCAUCUGAAGCUCCGGCAAUCGUCCCUCUUCCUCUUUUUCCCCUUCCAUGAACAAAGCCUCAGACUUUCAGCAUCCUGUGCCACUCCCCUAUACUCUUUUGCCAAGUACGCCAGGACUUCAAAGGUUAACAAUGCGGCAACAUCUUUUUCGAUUGACAAUAAUGAAGAGGAAGAAACUGAAGAUUUUGAGGAAUACUUAGCCGAAGAUGGGGAGGUGUAUCAGAAGACCUUAAGAUUGGUGGAGUGUGCAAUGUUUGCUGCUGUUUCUGGGUUGGCCUUUCUUUUGAGUAAUUCUCUAGCCAUUGAGAAAUACUUUGCCUGUUUCUUUGCUUUGCCAAUUGUGCUGUCCACUAUGAGAUGGGGUAUUGCAGCUGGCAGGAAAACAAUGGUGGCAACUGCUGUCUUAUUGUUUGUCUUAUCUGGUCCAGUGAAAGCAAUUACCUAUUUGUUAUUGCAUGGUUUGCUUGGGUUUGCCAUGGGCACUAUUUGGAGGUUAAAGGCAAGUUGGGCUGCCUCAGUCUUCUUGUGCGCAAUUGUUCGAGCUACAGGAGCUCUUGGUAAUGUUGUAAUUGCCUCAUAUUUAAUUGGAGAAAAUAUACUGGCAUUGAUCACUAUAAAUGUUCAUGCCCUUGUCACAUACAUCCUCUCAUCCAUGGGCAUCAUUGCAGUUCCAUCAAUGAAUUUUAUAUACUUCAUUUUCGGGUUUCUGCUUUUGCUCAACUGUGGCUUCUUCGUGUUCUUGCUACAUCUAUUAUACGCCAUAUUCUUCACAAGACUUGGAAUGAAGGCUUCACUUAGACUACCGAAAUGGCUCGAGGCUGCAAUAUGAUCGAACUUUAAAACUAUCACAGAAAGAACCAUUUUUCGUCCAUAUCCCACCCCACAAUAUGCAGAUGGAAGGAGCCCGCAAUGCCCGAGGGAUUACCCUCGUCGAUUUUGCCUUGUCAGCAUGUAUUUGAAGCUAAAUGCUAGGGAUGCAUAGAUAAGAUGCAAGGGAUAGGAUGGAGAUUAUGUUAACUCAGUUGCAUUCUGCUGUUGUAAAUGCUGAUAGUUAAUUAGUGUAGUAGCAAAGCGACAUUGAAGUCUAAAGAUGCCUCUCUUGGGAGAGAAAAUGCCUUUUCCCUUUGUAUAUCUCUGGUCUGAGUAGCUUAAGUUAUAAUAAAAGUCUUCCGCCUUAAAGACAA